CAACAUGUCUUGUCGGAUGGGCUACCAAUCUACCGCAGACUCCAAUCCGAUGAUCAGGAUUCUGUGCGCUUAUUCACCGUAGAAGAUCUUAUUGUUAUCACGAAGCAACUUACGCACCGUAGUAGAUCUUAUUGUUAUCGUGUUCUGAAGCACGCAAUUCAUUCAAUUGAAUGG